GUCGGUAGGACUACACUUCCCAGAAGGCCUUGCACGGGGGCGGAGACGGCAGGGAUGCGAUGGCCGAGUCGCUGCCCCUGGAGAUGCUCACACAUAUUCUGAGCUUUCUGCCUCUGUCAGAUCAGAAAGAGGCCUCCCUCGUGAGCCGGGCUUGGUACUGUGCAGCCCAGAAUGCCCUUCGGGAGACAAAUGUGCAGUACAACAUCCCCGUGUCCUCCGCCUCCCUCCCGGUCAUCAAGAGCCUGGGCCUCAGGGGCGUCACCUGCAUCAGCCUGACCAGCCUGGAUGGCUCGCCAGCUUCCCAACAGGUGCUGGAGUCUGUCGCCUACCACUUGGGCCCCCACCUGCAGAGUUUGUGCCUCAGUGGGGGCAGCCCCACAGAGGCCUCCUUUGUGGCCUUGAUCCUGGGCUGCCCAGCCCUGCGUAGCCUUGACCUCAGUGGCUGCCACAGCCUCUUCACAUCAGGCACGCUGCUCGCGCAGCCCGAGACGUCGCAGCGGGUCCGGCAGGUGUUGAGUGGCCUGUGUGAGCUCAACUUGGCUGGCCUGCGGGACCUGACCGACCUCAGUUUCAACAGGCUCAGCAGCUGUGCCCCCAACCUGGAGCGCCUCUCCUUGGCCUACUGUCACCUCACUUUUGAACUACGCCUAACCCGGGGCUCCUUUGGCUCCCCAGACUCCUCCCCCUCCCAGCUCUCCUUCCACAACCUGCUGCAAUUCGUGAAGGAGAGGGCUGGUAGGCUGCACGCCCUGGACCUGAGCGGCACUGGCUUGCUCCCCGAGGCCCUGAAGGCCCUGGGCGGGGUGGCCGGGCUGCAGCUGCAGGAGCUGAGGCUGCAUGGCUGCCAGGACCUCUCCACAGAGGCUGUGAUCGCCCUGUGCCGUCUGCAGUCGGGCCUGACCUCCCUGGACCUCAGCGGCUGCUCAGAACUGGCCGACGGCGCACUCCUGGCCAUUGGCCGGGGCCUGGGGCACCUGUGGUGCCUCCGCCUGAGGAAGCUGCAGCGGCUGACGGAUGCGGGAUGCACAGCGCUGGGGGGGCUGCGGGAACUGCGCAGCCUGGACCUGGCAGAGUGCUGUCUGGUGAGCGGGCAGGGCCUGGCCCAGGCCCUGGGUUCAGGGCACAGGGCUCCAGCCCCCUUGGCCUCCCUCAGCCUGGCCUACUGCUCCUCUCUCAAGGACGCCUCAGUGUUCUCCCUGAUCCCAGUGCUGGGCCUGAGCCUCAGAGUGCUAGACUUGUCCUCCUGUGUGGCCCUCACCAAUAGGACCCUUCAGGCCAUCUGCACCUGCCUAACUCACCUCUCUGUCCUGCGUCUGGCCUGGUGCACGGAGCUCCAAGACUGGGGUCUUCUGGGGCUGGGAGAACCAAGUGAGGAGCCUGCGCAGGAGCCCCAGGUGCAGCUACAUCAAGAGCUGGACCAUCAGGCCUCAGUCCCCAAGGACCCUUCUGCCCAGCCACAGGGCCCAUCGCUGCUCAUGCUGCGGGCCCUGCAGGAGUUGGACCUCACAGCCUGUAGCAAACUAACUGAUGCCAGUUUGGCCAAGGUGCUCCAGUUCCCCGAGCUGAGGCGGCUGUCCCUGAGCCUGUUGCCAGCACUCACAGACAAGGGCUUGGUGGCCGUGGCCAGGGGCUGCCCCAGCCUGGAACGCUUGGUGCUAAGUCAUUGCAGCCUCCUCAGCGAUGAGGGCUGGGCCCAAGCAGCCCGCUCCUGGCCCAGGCUGCAGCACCUCAACCUGGCCAGCUGCGGACAGCUCACGGAGCAAACCCUGGAUACCAUCGGGCAGGCAUGCAAGCAGCUCCGGAUGUUAGAUGUGGCCAUGUGCCCUCAUAUCAGCAUGGCUGCCGUCAGGCACCUCCAAGCCCAGCUGCCCCAGGCCUCUGGAAAUGCCAUUUCCUGCUCUCCUGGCCAGGCCUGGGUCUGGAGGCCAGGCCCCCAGGAUGCAUCAGGAGCUGCAGAGGAGACCUUGUGCCUCCUGCCCUGCCCACUUCUCACACCCAGGGCCUGCACCUCACCUCGUCUCGUCCCUUGUAAGAAGCUCACCCGGCCCCUACUAGCACCAAGCUUUAGAAGCCAAGCCACAGACUUUGUUGUAAACCCAAACAAAAUUAAAAAUUCCAGAUCUUACCUCCUUGUCUGAAGUUCUCAGACUACAGGGCCCCCUCCCACCAACCUUCGUUGAAGCAGCCCAGCCAAGCCCAGGGACAAUGUGGACAAACACCAGAGGCACUGAGGCACAUAGCCAAUUUCUUCCUUACACCUGACCCAAAGCCCCACAGGUACCCCCAGCAAGUCCCCAGCAACUUCCUGCCCAGUAUGGUGGGAGACUAGAAGCCUAGAGGCCUCCCCUGUCUGAGCCUUCAAGCAUGUCCCCCAGCCAGGCCCCAGGACCACACUUACACUUAGUAAGGC